AUGGGUUGCACACAUGAUCCGGCCUCCCCGUGGCCUCCACGGAACAAUUCACGAGUUCGGCCCGUGAUGGUCCCCAGGCCUCCACAAGUCGCUGAGGCAAUAUGUGGGUUCACCAAGGCGCUUUCGGGGUGCACACGUCAACCGCCCCAUCUGAGGUGGGACUGUCCACUGCUCGGUGGCAUUCACGUGGGGCAAUGGGUGAACAUCACGGCAAAUCAGCCAAUGUGUGGUAUUCACCUCGCUUCCGAGGUUACUCCCCCGGAUGUGGAUAAGAUCACUGUACUGGCUUCUGUGAGGGUCAUCAGAAGGAGAGGAACCAGUAACGGUUGGAAGGGGGAAGUAGGGGAACAGGUUGGAGAGGGAUAUCAAUUGAUAUUACAACAUCUAUUGGAGCCUUUAGAAGAGAUCUCCCUCAGCGGGAAUUUUGUCUAUGGAUGGAGCCCGAGCUCCGACUCCCAACUCGGCUUGCACCUCUUCUUCGGAGGGGAGGGACACCUCUAUGGCGGCAAUGUCGAUGAGAGUAUGACUCAUGCGACUUUGUAG